AAAGAGAACAGCUCCAUCAUCUCAUCCACAUUUUCUCUCUUUUUCUGAAUGGAUUAUGCACUGAGCAUGAUAAAGGAUUUUCCAGUACAAGGAACCAACUUGGUUGAGGAAAUGAAGGAACUUGGGAAACUAUGUUCUAGCAUCAACAUGAAUGAACAACAACAACAACAACAACAACAACAUCAACAACAACAACAACCAGUUGUUGUUGUUGUCUGUCCCAAACCAAGGAGACUUAAUUUCAGGUCUUAUGGUGAUUACACUGACAUCAAAGUUGCAGGUGAUCUUUCAGACAUCCUUGUCAGCAAGGCUACACCACCAUACUUCACUGGUUCUCCACCAGUUCGUUCAACCAAUCCUGUGUCUCGAGAUGCUCUGUUCUUGAAAUACAAAGCACCAUGAGACUUCAAUUUUGUUCAUGAGUUUCAGAUGUGCAUAUCAAUAUCAACAAUGUGUUGGCAAGUAGGUAGCCAAUACAGCUGG